CUGUUGGAUGAGGAUAAAUCUCAGAGUAGAGUGGAAUCAGUUGUGGCAGGAAACGAGCUCCUCUCAGAAGUGCUGAGUUUACAGAGUGCAACUGAGGAAAUCAAAUUCUUUCAUGAAGACUUAAUUCGAACUCACCAGAUAAAAUGGAUUAGAAAAAAACGAAAGCUCUUUCGCAUCCUACGCCAUUUGCUGACUUAUAUUUGAAAAGAGUGCUAAUGGGACUUAACAGUUGGGGUACCUCUCUUAUGCACACAGGUUUUGACUGUGGUUUGGUUUUCAUGAACAGUGGGAUUUUUUCUCCCCAGGAUGGAAAGUAAGAACCUCUUCCUAAGCCUAUUGCUCUGCUACAGUUUGCUCAGAGCUGCCAGUUCUCACCUGGUAAUCGAGGAGAAGACAGAAUGCAACCUGUCAAAGAACAACAAAAUGAACCUCCCAGAUCUCCCACCCAUCUCCAUCGUAGAUUUAACUAAAAGAUCCCAGAAAGUCAGCAGAAAAGAGGCAGAGAAUAAGAAAUCUUCCAAGAAAAAUGCUGAACCGAAGAAACCUCCAAAACCAAGGCCCACACCUGCUGCUGACUGCGUGCCAAACUUCAAAACCUGCAAACCACACUUGAAUUCCUGCUGUAGCUACUGUGCCUUGUGCAAAUGCCGAAUUUUUCAGACGAUCUGCCAGUGUCUACUGUUAAACCCAAAGUGCUAAACCAAAUCAGGAACAUAUUAAGGCUGCUGUCUUUCAUUAGCUUCUCGAGUGUAUAUGUCAAACUGCCUAAUGCAUGUAGCAAUCGAAGUAGAGAGCUUUGAAGCUGGUAGGUUGGAUUUGUUUCUCUUCAAUGGACAAUUAUUUUCUUCAUGGGGUUGAUGCUGUCAUAAGCAAAAUGGGUUUUUUAGGAAGCUGACAACCAGGAAGAUAGACUUUGAACAGGCAUUCUUGGCAAAACUAACUUGCAUCUAAGGAGAAUUCUGGGUACUCGGUGUUUGGGAAU